AUGCCUCCCAAGAAAACCGACGGCUCCGACUCUGCUUCAGUCACCACUGGCCUGCGUGAGAAUGAACUUCGUUUCAUCAAGGCCGUCUUUGACAACAUGACCCAGAAGCCCGACGCCGACUGGGCCCAGGUUGCCGGUGACUUGGGUCUCAAGGACGCCAAAUGUGCCAAAGAACGCUUCCGGCAGAUGUCUGUCCGCCACGGCUGGCGUACCGGAACUCAAGGUACUGCCAUGAAUAGCCCCAGCAAGGGAAAGAAGAACGACGUGACUGGUCCCUCUGGUGAUGGCAAGGUGACCAAGAAGCCGAAGGCUAGAACGACCAAAAAGCCUGUGGCUAAGAAGGAGGAGAGCGAGGACGAUGAUAUCAAGGAUGAGGAUGACGAUCUCAAGUCGGAGGAAAUGGAGGACGCCUAUUUCUGA